UUAUUGCAACCAAAAUAAAACCUUUCUCUUUCAUUCCAACCAUACAAUCUUAGAAAGUGAUGGCUUUGUUCGAUACCCAUCACCCUGCUGUUCUUGCAUUUGGCCUUCUUGGUAAUCUUAUCUCCUUCAUCGUGUUCUUGGCUCCCUUGCCGACGUUUGUAAGAAUUUGUAAGAAGAAAUCAACUGAAGGGUUUCAAUCAGUUCCAUAUGUGGUGGCACUUUUCAGCGGCAUGCUUUGGUUAUACUAUGCCUCAUUCAAGCCUGAUGAAACCCUUCUCAUUACUAUCAAUUCGGUCGGGUGCGUCAUUGAGACCGUUUACAUUGCCAUCUUCGUCGUCUUUGCUCCCAAGCAGAUUCGGGUUUCCACGUUGAGAUUUGUUCUUCUAUUGAACUUUGGUGGGUUUUGCGUAAUUCUACUUGUGACUCACCUAUUAGUGCAAGGCUCCAACAGAGUGAAGGCUCUUGGAUGGAUUUGUGUGGCUUUUUCUGUGUGUGUCUUUGCAGCUCCACUUAGCAUCAUGAGAUUGGUGAUUCGAACAAAGAGCGUGGAGUUCAUGCCCUUUUCUUUAUCGUUCUUCCUCACACUCAGCGCAAUCACAUGGCUUCUUUACGGCGUAUUUCUCAAAGACAUUUACGUUGCGCUUCCAAACGUGUUGGGAUUUAUAUUUGGGGUAGCACAAAUGAUCCUGUAUUUGAUCUACAAGAAGCAAGAGAUAGCAAUGGCAAAGGAAAUGAAGCUACCAGAACACACAACCGAGAUUAUAAUGAUAUCUGCCGCCGCCGCCGCCACCGCCGCCGACAAAGAAAAAGAAGAUUCUUCUCUACCACCUUCUGUUGGAGCCAUUGAGGUAAUAAUAACCAACGGAAUCGAACACGACAACAAGAUGGAGCUGGACCUUAAAGUCAAAGACAAAGACAAAAACUUGGAAGUCAACGACCAAAUUACAGUUCCUAUUGUUGUUUAACUAUAAUCUUGAUCUAACCCCUUGUUUUGUUUAAGUUUAUCCAUAAUGCUUUAAUUUUGGUCUUUGGCUUCAUGUAGUUGCCAAGCUUUUCUCUAAGCUACCAUGUGAAUGAUGUUAUAAGUAGGGUUUUUUUUUUUUUUUUUAUGAAGCUUUCCUCUCGUGUAAUUAAUACUUAUUUUUAAUCAAUAAUGUUUUGAUAA